UUUAACUAUAUAAGAAAAGAUGCCUGCGCGUUUCGUUACCAUAGCAAAAAAGUAGAAGUCUCGUUUUCUCAAAGUGAUUUCGGUGCGCCAGAUACGGAAAUAGUCGUGCGAUCAUAGUAAAGUUCUGUCGCGAGAAUGGAUCAGCAAUUGUCUUUGGAGCAGUUGUCCCUGAAAGAAUUGAACAUCGAUUCAAAAGGGCUGCACAUCAAUCAGUUCCCGAACGAAAUCCUGGACCAAAUCUUCACCUUUUUAAAUCUGGUGGAUCGCAAGUCGGUUUCCCGGGUUUGUCUCCGCUGGAGUAAGCUCGCAUUUGCGCCACACUUCAUGCAGGGUGUGGUGCUUCGCCCUAAUGGUCGUGUAGCAAACAGAUAUUUUGAAAAGGUGAUAAAGCAAAGUGAACGAGUGUAUAAGAACAUCGAUGGCACUGAACUUUUGUUUCUGGAUUAUUUAUUAUAUCUAGGGCCAAAUUUAGAAAGUUUUCGGUACCGCAGUCGUAACAAAGAUGAUUUGAGGAAGAUUCUUCGCUUUUCCCCAAACCUGAAGGAGCUGCGCUUUGAUUCGUGUGCGUACCAAAUAGAAACUGAACCAAUGCCGGUGAUGAAACAGUUAGUGAACUUUACUACAAUGGAUACAAACUUAUUAAUGCUAGAAAUCGAGCAGAUGUUUCCCAAACUAUCAAAAAUGAGUGUCAGAAUUUACGACCAUAAUGGAAAUACCCGGAUGUGUGAGGCGUUACGUCAUUUUGGUCCGCAGUUGGAUAGUUUGCGUAUAGAAGUAUCAAAAAAUUCCGCUGCGAGUAUAUAUCAGAUGCGUUUUCCACAGUUGGAAAAGAUUUUCUUGUCUGGUUAUGUGGUAACCAUAAACUUGAAAGGAUUUUUCAGUCAUCUCGCCAAUUUAGUCGAAAUUUAUAUUGGUGUUCCCAUUUUUGAUGGCAUCCUUGAAGAAAUAACGAAAACGUGCAAAAAGUUGCAAGUAUUAAGCUUUGACGUGAGCGGUCUUCGAGGUUCUGGUUUAGCUUCCCUUGAGCAACUGCCACAAUUAAAAUCCCUUGAGAUUUUUGGAGAUUCGUUUAAUACAAAUGUGCUGACGCAGUGCUCCAAACCCAUCGACACUGUUCUAAACCUGGAUAUUAAAGACUUACGGCUGUACAGGGAAAAGGAUUUUAUAUCUGAAUUUUUAUCGAAAAUUUUCCCGAAUACGACAAACUUCGUACUUCGAUGUGAUUAUUCGUGUAAGUCAUUAAUGAUCCCGCAUUUUCCCAAGAUGCAGGAGCUGACGAUAACAAGUCAAUUUUACUUAGACAUCUUAAAUAAACUUCCGGGAAUUUCGACGCUUAAAACGUUGCGUAUUUUGGAUACAUGGAACAGCCCCAAACAAAUACUGGCCGAUGUGAUCCUGUCAUUGCUGCGAAGAAUGCCGGCGCUGCGUUUUGUGGAGUUGAACGAGGACUUGCGUUUUCGAAUGUCAAAGGACCUGGUUUGUCUGAUCCGACAGGAGUUUCCCCAGUGCGUGAUACAGUGGACCAAAACUCCGCAUUAUUUUUUCAAUAAAUUCUAGUUUAAACUUUGAAUGAAACCAAUAAAUUUUCCCAUU